AUGAACUCCCAGGGCUUGCAAGAUAGGCAGCCCACUGACAACGCUACCAACAGCAACACAAGCGAGAGGGAGCGCAUCAGGGGGCGCAUGAAAAUGGUGAUUGGGCAACUGGAAGGCAUCCUGCAGGAACUUAAGGACGUGGCCAAGGAGCUUCGUGAAGUGGUGAGCCAGAUUGACAAGCUGACUUCGGACUUUGAGUUCGAGCUGGAGCCAGAUGAUUGGACAACCGCGACUGUGAGCAGCACAUCUAGCAGUGAGAAAGGAGGGGGCAUGUUUGACCUUGGUCAUCUAGAUUUCAUGACCCCAGACAUCCUCUCCGACAGCUGGGAAUUCUGCUCCUUCUUAGAAGCUUCCACUCCAUCAGACUCCGGUGAUGGCUCCGAACAGCAGCAACAACAGGGGCGCCAGCCAGACUACCGGUUGAUGAAUGGCGGGGUGCUGAUCCCGAAUGGGCCCCGGGGGGAAACCCCAGACUCUUCCAGCGAGGAGGCCUUCAGCUCUGCCCCGAGCCACAAAUCCCAGCCCCAGAGGACGCCAGGCACCAGGGAGCGGGUGCGGUUUAGUGACAAAGUUCUUUAUCACGCUUUGUGCUGUGAUGACGACGAGGAUGCGGACAGCGGUCCGCCUCAUGAGGACCCUCCAGAGGAGCCCAGAGAGUCGGCUCAUAAAACAGUGCCCGCUGGCAAGACGACACCGCGGCGGUCGCCUCACCUCAGUAGCGCUCAGCAGCGGAAGCUGAUGCGGAACAGCAGCACUCAAACGGUGUCGGACAAAAGCACGCAGACAGUGCUGCCCUACAGUUCGAGCAAACAGAAAAUCAAAGGCAAAAACUGA